CCAGAGCGGGCGUCCGGCCGCACCUGCCACACCGCUUCGCACGCGAUAUACAUCGCGCCAAUUCAAAUAUUUAGUUUAAUUCAAAAAUCAUUGUGAUGUGGAAGUGUAAAAUAGAUAGGACAUCCAAGUGUUAGUUAUGAAAAGAAAAAAGGCUUGAGGCUUUAUUUUUGUUAUGGAACGGACUGUACCCGGGUCCGCUUAGCUUUUGAGAUAAUUCUGACCGACGGCGGCCCAAGUGAAGUGAACAAACUGUCGCAUGAUAGCAAGAUUUAGAUAAAGAUUAAGGAUAAAGACGAUCUAAAAAUAGGUGACCAAAUCAAAAUGAGAAUCAAGAUGCCUGCUGUACGCAUCGCGCAAGCGGAUGCGGACAGUGCGGCAGAGGGAGGUGGCUCUCCUACACCGGGGGUGCCCGCAGACACCCUCACGUGUGGUGCUUGCCGCCGGGCUUUCGCCCUAUCUGACAUCGUGCGGUUCAUACAACACAAAGUCUCUUCCUGCGACAAGGAUCUCACCACCUACCAUUGCUUUAGCGCUGGUCCAAAUUCCGACCCAGAAGAUGGUUCAAGACCCGGACAAUUAAGUACUGGAAGUGGAAGGAGACCAUCACUCCUGACUGCAAGAAGGCCGCCCAACAGUCGGGUUCACACCCCACCACUAGCCAGUCCAUCAAUAGCACCGCCAGAUUUAUUGGAAGAUGGUGGAGCUUCCAGCACACCUAAAAGAUUAUUAGAUGAUGCCGAUGCAGAGCAGUCAACUCCAAAAAGAAGAGCGUCGACAUCCCCAAUGCCAUCCAGCUCACCUGAUGAAGACAUCAAACCGAAAAUCAAACAAGAACACAUUAUGGACACAUCAGGCUCACCCGACGACCAAAAGAAAUCCAGAAUAGACGUUGCUGAUGCUGAGUCUAACACAAUGCAUAGUGAGCCAAGUAACUACGUAUGCUCCACCUGCAAGGCGCGCGUGCACUCUGCUUGGCGGCUGGUGCAACAUGUCCAGCACGUACAUGGCGUGAAGAUAUAUGUGGAGAGCAUGCCUCAACAGCUACUCAACAAACAGAAUCACUCAAAUUCAAGCACAUCUUCAAGCAGCUCCGGCUGCUCGUCGUCUAGCGCACCGUUGCCACCACCGUCACUUCGUCACCACCCUCUGCUACCUCCGCCAGAUAUGCAUUCCCCUUUUGGAGUUGGUGGGCUGCUAAGAAUGCCGCUGCCUGGUAGCUUACCACCUCUUGCUCAUCCAUCAGUACCUCCAGCGCCACUAUUUGCUCGCCCCAACCACCACGACCAUCGAUUUAGAAUGGAACAACUCGUUUCGGAACAAUUCCGCCACCAUGGUCUCAAUUUAGCUGCUGCUGCUGCGGCCGUUGCAGCAAACUCCCUCCCACCACAUCAAGCUUUUCCUUCACCGGCUGAUCGGCCACCUGUAAUACCUACCUCGCUAUCAGCUCGUGAUAGACAGCCCCCAGUAUCACAGCCUCUUUCAUUGGAACCCCAGCUGGAUUUUUACUCGCAGCGCUUGCGGCAACUGGCCGGUACAACCAGUCCAGGGGCGGCCACAGGCAAUUCCAGCUCUCCUAGCCCCAGGAAGCAUUCUCCUCCGUUCGCUUCCCCGUCGCCUUCCCGAGUAGGACAAACUCCACCGGUGGGCGCCGGACCCGGAACGGUGGACGCGCCACGUGAAGCAACACGGGCGCAUAGUUCCAUAUCACCUGAACGUCGAAAUGAACCACAAACAGCUGACGCUCCACCAGCAGAUCGAUCUUCAUCGUCCCCUCCAAACAAACGGACCGAUGAAGCUAACCACACUUGUGAAUUCUGUGGAAAGAAAUUCAGGUAUGAAAACAGUUUAAUGGUUCAUCGGCGAAUUCAUACUAGAGAAAAACCUUUUAAAUGCACUGAAUGUGACGAAGCUUUCGAGAAAAGCUCAAAAUUAAAACGCCAUAUGAAAGUACAUCGUCCCGAAAGCAAUACAGAAGAGGGAGGUGAAUCAGCUGGGGAUACCGGUGAAGAUGACACCGAAGAUGAAAUGGAGGAUGAAGAGCUGGAUGGCGAAGAGGAAGAGGAGAACGACGACGGGGAGGAGGUGGAAGAGGCCGAGGACCUAACUGUAUCAAAUAGCAGUGUACCUUCGGCCCCAACCAGAAAACAAACACCUGUGUUGCCAGCCCACCCGCCUACUGCAUCUGUUGUUGGUGAACUUAUGGACAAAUUUGGUCUCUCCAACAUUGCCCAAUACAGUGAAGCUUUUAAACAAGCUCUACAGGAAUCUGGUAAUUCGUUAAAAUGGCAACUGGCUAAGGACCGCGACAAUAACAACGGGCCUCCAUCUGAUAAACCAAAUGGAAUGCCUCCAUCUGCGGCAUUACGAUUAAAAGAAGAAUUCGCUAAAAUGCCCCCACAACCUCAUCCCCUAUUCAAUCCUUUUGAGAGCCCAUUUGAAGCAUCAAAACGAAUGAAACUGGAGAUGGAUAGAGGUGAAGGAUGGUGGUUACCUACAUUACAUGCUCAGAGGCCUCCAGAAAAUAUAUUUGACGGCCUUAAAAAUAGUAGCAACGGUCUUCUCCAAAACCCACUAUUAAAAACAAAAGAAAGCAGACGUAACGACACUUGUGAAUUUUGUGGAAAGGUAUUUAAAAACUGCUCAAAUCUGACUGUUCAUCGGCGAUCACAUACUGGAGAGAAGCCAUAUAAAUGCGAGUUGUGCUCCUACGCAUGCGCACAGAGUUCAAAGCUGACGAGGCAUAUGAAGACGCAUGGUCGAUUAGGUAAGGACGUCUACCGCUGCCGGUUUUGCGAGAUGCCUUUCUCAGUUCCAUCGACACUUGAAAAGCACAUGCGAAAAUGUGUUGUCAACCAAAGCAAUGGAGGCUCUCUCGCUCUGUCUGACGACUCUAAUGCGUGCCGGGAUGAGGCAUCGUGACUCUACCCCUGGGGCGGCCUACGUUUCCCACCACCUGCGCCGCCCAGCCAGAUUUUCUAGAAAAAUCAAUUUCUCGAACAAUUAUUUGCUUAUUUGCUAUAGAAAUUCAAUUUCUAGUCUUAAGAAAUCAUUGGAGUAGCAAAAUUGUAAUUGCAAUAGCUCUUAUCCUAAUGGAGGGGCAUUUUCCUUAAAAUUAUUGACAUAUCUUUUGAGCCAGUGUUAAGAAUUCCAGUUGUUGAUGUUACUGUUUAGUUAUUUUCUUUGGAGGCUGUAUGUUCUUUGCGUUACAUUUUGAUCUUCGUUUUUGAUGUGUUUUUUUAAUUGUAAAAGAAAACUAAUGCCAAAGUUAGCUACGUUGAUUUAUACAUUUAAUUUUAGUAUAGCGUCAAUUAAUUUUCGCUACGUUUAAGAUAGAGAUAGAUGUUUGUUUUUAGGAUUAUAUACAACAAUAAGAAAAUGUUUCCUAUCCUAGAUAAAUCUUGUAAAUAUUAAUGUGUAAAUGGUAUUGAUGUUCAUAUUUAUAAAUAUUUGGCAAUUUAAAAAGUUGGAGAGACGGUGAGUUUCCUGUAUCUUAAAUUAGGACAAAAUUAAACUAGGAUUAGUACAGGUAAUUUAGAAGUAAAUUUUAAUCUUGUGAGGUGUAUAAUCUAAUUCGUUUGAAAAGCCAGUUUAUUUAAGACUGAAAAUAUUCCAGCUUUUCGUUGUGAUCGUUAUCACUGGUACCUCUAGAGCUAGCGUGAUUCGGUAUACGUACUUAAUGUAAUAUAUAGAAUUUAUAUAAUUUAAGUAAAUUAUAAUAGAUUAUGUCUCCAAUUUAAAAAUCCCUUUAGUUUUCUCUCAAUGGUGUUAUUUUAAUGCCAUUCAGACAAAACAUUGUUCUUACCAAAGGAUUAUUUUAUGGGUGCCAUUUAAUAAUUCUUUGGUACUUUUCAGUUGUACAAAUUAGUCAAACACGGAUUGUUGAGGAGACAAAGUAAAUAACAAAUAAAAACUAAGACAAAUUUUAUUGUGUAACUGUGA